AUGGCAAGACGCAGCGCAGCACGGCCCCCCAGCCCCGCAUCCACAACGACACCCACACCCAUUAUACCGCAACCUCCGCACCCACGGAAUCGAUGGAAGCAGCCAACCCACCCCGCAGACCUCACUUUGGACUUCUCCCGAAUGCCUCCUUAUUGGCCCCUGGCACGGCGUACUACACCCCUUGCCAUCUGCGGCUACAUCCCAAAUGGCCACGCCAAAGAUGAACUCACGGUCUGCGGCAGGCUGGCGCUGGCGAUCGGCCUGGUCCCCGAUAUUGCUACAGACCCAACACCAAAAGCAGCAGCAGGAGCUCAGCAGCAGCAGCAGCAGCAGCAGCUCCGUAGCUCUGAGCGGUGCUACUCCACCUCCACCGUGAGGACGAGCACCGACUUCAUUUCUUUGGGGAUAACACCUGAGCUGCAGGAGCGGCUAUCUGCGCAGGGCAUACAGACGGCGUUGCCCGUGCAGGCAGCGGCGGUGCCCCUCAUCCUGAGUGGUCGCAACACGGCCAUCAAGUCGUGCACGGGCUCUGGCAAGGUGAGACCUCCAGAGCCCAGCCAGCGGUGCUGUACUGCCGAUACCCUGAAGCGGGUCAUAUUAGAGGGGGGGGUUAGCUGCAGCUGCAUGGGACGAGACGACGGGCAGACGCUGGCCUACCUGCUGCCCGUCAUCCAGCUCGGCCUGGAACGGCGCAGAGCGGCUGAGGCCCUCGUUUCCGCGUUUGCCGGCACUGGCAAGGACGGCGCCACCACUGCCAUCAACGCCACCGCCACCCUCAGCAAUGGCAGUAGCGGCGUCAGUAGCGGCGGUAAGGCUAGACAACGGAAGACCGCUGCAGCCCUGAAGCGGUUGGCUAGGUCGCCUCAGGCGGUCAUCGUAACGCCCUCUCGGGAGCUGUGCAUUCAGAUCCAGCGUGCGGCGCAAGAUCUGAUCCCCGGACCGGUCGCCAACCGCCGUUUGGUGCAGCAACUGAUCGGCGGCGCUAACCCCAGGCGGCAGGAGGCGGCGCUGGCGGCCGGCGCUGGCGGUUUAUGGCCGCUGGUGGUGGUGGGCACGCCGGGGCGCGUUGCGGACAUGGUGGCCCACGGGUCUCUUCACGUGUGGGGCUGCCCGCUGCUCGUGCUCGAUGAGGUGGACCAGCUGUACGACCAAAAAGAACUUCGAAAGCACGUAGAUACGAUCAGCGCCCAUGUCGGCCGCAGAGCGCAGCAACAGCACCUGCACACGAAGCUGAGCUGUGCUGCUACCGGCACAAGCGGUAAAAGCGCCGACGGCAGCGCCAGUCCCGCCGAAAGCAGCCCGCCAAAUGGCCUUGGCCACCCCGCUGAGGCCGCGGCGCUAAGCGGCGGCGGCGGCGGCCGGCAGACAGUCAUCGUCAGCGCGUCAUUGGACGCACGUGAUCCAAGUCGUUACGCGGCUUGGUGCCCCGACCCUGCAUUCGUGGUCCUUGGGAGCAUGGAGGCGCUGCCGCCAUCGGUGCUUCAGACGCUGCAUCCGUCGACAUUGACGGAGCUGGAGGUGCCAGUGGCGGCGGGCGAGCCGGAUGGUGGCAGCGGCACGAUGCGUGGUAACAACUCCCGCGAUGCAGACGGCAGCAGCGGUGGCAGUGACGACCGUGCAGUAUGGCCAGGGAAUGUACGGCAAGGCGAUAUCGAGAUUGCCCACUUGUACGUCCUCACCCACUCCAAACACCGCACGGACCGGGUGCGGCGACUUAUCCACGCGCUGAGGGCUGAGCGUGUGCUGCUGUUCGUGCCCAAGCAGAACCAGACCAUGGUGACCAAGUACCGCCUGGAGGCGCGCCGCAUGGAGCCAAGCGCUGGGCCGUGGGACAGCAAUGCCUUCUGUUUCGCGCGCGCACCAUUGCAUGCCCGCGUUCCGGGUUUAUUAAAGCUUUUCGGAUUGGGCUUUGAUCUCCGCUACUUCGGCGCCACCUCGUCUGCAAUCCGUGCCGUGUGGUUCUGCCAGGUCACCAUCCUGCAUGGCAGGCUCAGCAAGCUGGAACGCGGCAACAUUAUGGAGGCCUUCCGGCGUGGCGUGUUCCGCACGCUGAUAGUCACAGACUUGGGAGCGCGCGGAUUGGAUUUACCGGACUGCGAUGCUGUCAUUAACUUUGGGCCGCCGGCUGAUGCCCUGUCGUACGCUCACCGGGCCGGGCGGACAGGGCGAGCGGGUGCGGCCGGGAUCGUGGUGAGCGUGGUAACGCGGUUGGAGCUUCCAGCUCUGCGGCGGAUCGCGAAACAGCUCGGGCUAAAUCUGCAGGCAGCUUCUGUUUCGCAUGGCACGAUUGCACCGGGAGAAGAGGCGGAAAAUGAUGAACAGGCAGAACGCGUCAAUUCUUCCGUCAUAUCGUGUUAUGGUGGCGAUAGCUAA